GACUUGACUGCUGCCUACGCCAUCACGGAUACGGAAAUACAUUAUCCGCAUAAACAACAACACAGCGCUACAGCGAUGGUGUACGUGUCCAACGGGCGAGUCCUCGACAGCAGAACCCAAUCACCAUGGAGGUUGCCUUUUCUUACUGACUUAUUUUGGGGUGUUGUGGAGUUCAUCGGCUUGUUCUUUCAGACCCUCGUCCAGCCUGAUUUGUCGAAAAAUGGAAACUCUUGCGCGACUUCACGCUUCAGCGAUGGCAGAGGUCCUCCAGGUUUUCCUGGGCGCAGACGUAUGGGCAGAAUAAAUCACGGUGGAGGCCCCAGUCCUCCUCCUAUGGGUGGUGGAUGAGGAAGGUGA